AUGACGCUAUCAGUAGCAAUUCUGAUUGAAAGGAAUGAUUGCAGCAGGAGUAAAGGCUCACCGUGGUCCUUGGAUUCCCAUCGAGCUUGGGACAGAUCACGCCACACUCGCUUGGCAUAUGGGCAAAUCGAGUCCAGCCGGCUGACCCAGCCAGAGAGGUCCGUGACCGCGCACGGGGUCCGAAGUCUUUACUCGGACAAAGUGGCUCAUCCACCCUCCGUUCCUAACUUCUUCAAUGCAAGCAAAGAGGACCCUCAAAACUUGGCAGUGGAGCUUAAUCAGACCCCCAUGGAAGAGACAAGGGCUUUACAUCCUGAUCAGAAUGGAGUUGUGGAAAGGAGACACAGACAUAUACUUGAAACUGCACGAACAAUCAGAUUUCAAGGGCACUUACCUAUCAGAUACCGGGGACAUUGCAUUGAUGCUGCUGUAUAUAUUAUCAAUAGAAUUCCUUCUUCUGUUUUAGCAAACAAGUCACCAUAUGAAUUGCUUCUGAGUAAGACACCUUCUUUAACAUAUUUGAAGGUUAUUGGAUGUCUAUGUUUUGCUACUAAUCUGACAGGCCAUGAUAAAUUUGCACCUAGAGCUGUGAGAGAUGUAGUGUUCUAUGGGGAUAUAUUUCCUUUUCAUAUAGCAGAAGACUCAUCAGAGUCAUUAUUCUUGGACAUAACUCCAGUGCCAAGGCAAGAUUUGGAUGAAGAAGAAAAUACGGUAGUUAGUUCUGUUGAUGUAACCAAUGUGCCAUGCUCAUCUAAUAUAACUCCUAAUGCAAACAAUGUGCCAUGCUCAUCUAAUAUAACUCUUGCUGCAACCAAUGUGCCAUGCUCACCUACUGUGGCUCCUGCUCUUUUAGAUGAACAAAACAUUUCAUAUCCUGUUAAGCAUAACAAUGUGGAGAGUCUUGGAGAUUCUUCUGCUUUGCUUAAUGCUGAGGGAAUAAGGAAGCCAGCUAGAGUAUCUAAGACCCCCAUAUGGCUUAAGGAUUAUGUCAGAAAUGACAAGAGAAGUACUGCAAGCUGCUGCAGAUACCCUAUCUCAGAAGUAAUUAGAUAUGAAGCGAUUUACUUAAAAUACCAAAGCUAUUUGGCUAAUUUUUUAUCUGAGGUGGAACCUACAUCAUAUUUAGAAGCAGUAAAAGGCAAACGAUAG